AUGGCAUUGUCAAAAACGUCUCACAUAAUCACUCUCUUCAUAUUGGCGUCGUCCAUUAUGAUAAUCUUGCCAACAAAAACAGAAGCUCUAAUACCGUACAACAGGCCAUUACUCGACAUGAUGGUCACAUCAGAACUAUUAGACCCAUUUAAGAUCCUCGAACAAACCCCAUUUAAUCAUCUCCCUAAUAAUAAAAACCUCGACCCAAUAAUCAACUUGGCACGUGCCGACUGGAAGGAAACGUCAGACCAUCACGUGAUCACACUGGAUGUACCAGGGAUGAAAAGAGAAGAGAUAAAGAUCGAGGUGGAAGAGAGUAGUCGGGUUUUGAAAGUGAGUGGAGAAAGGAAGGCGGAGGAGGAUGGUGAAGGGGAUAAAUGGCAUAGGGCUGAGAGGAUGACGAGUGGCAAGUUUUGGAGACAGUUUAGAUUGCCGGCGAAUGCUGACCUGGAAAAUAUUAAGGCGAGUCUUGAAGAUGGGGUGUUGAAAAUUAAGGUGGCGAAAAUGAGUCAAGAAAAGAAACAGGCGAAAGUUAUUGAUAUUAUGGGGAAAGAUGGUGCUGCGGGUGGUGAAGAUAUUAAAGCGACUAAGACUGCAGCUGCAGCUGCUUGA